AUGAGUACAUUUCAUAACUUGAAAAGUCUUCAUGUCAAAAGGGAACUACAGCAGGACAACAUACAAACCGACUCAGAAAAACGAACUUCAACCCCAGACUCAACCCCGCAAGCCAGAAGCCACACCUCCAAACCGAAGCGCUCGUCUCCCAUACCAAAAUCCACAUCGCCUAGACCGGAAGAACCAAAACGCCCGCUCAUCCGAAAGACGAUACCCAAUGAACCCGAUCGCCCCACCCUAUCCAACAACGACACCAAUAUACCAAAUCCCAAGAAUUCCCGGAAAGAAAGCCCACCAGGAUCCAAGCCGAAAGAGGACGCACGGAAGGGUCAAGCAGACCACGUCAAGCAUCGCAUACACCUCAGACACUCUUCAAGACUGCUGUCAAAACUGUUACACCCACAAGCCGAAUCAUCGCAGCGUCACGAUAAGAAGGAACCUCAACACGAGACCAAGGAAGCUGUGAAGAAAGCAGAGAAGCGAGUCGAAAAAAGCACGUUAACCCAGAACGAGAAACCGCAGCUCAUCAAGGACAAGAAAAAGGAAGAAACGAAAACCCUCAAAGAGCGGAGGAAAUCGUUUCGAGAAAACAAUCCAGAACGUCUCAAGCUGCAGAAGCUACGUACAAGUCAGGGAUUCGCUGUUAGAAGGGUUGGUGCUGGUCCGCCCUUUAACGCAGAUACAGAAGCAAAGGUUGUGCACUUGACGGCGGACGAUGCGGGUGAGAGAGCGAGGUUGUCGGGGAAGAUUCUUGCCAGGCUGACGGAGCAGCUCAGACUUGUGACGGGGUUGAAGGGGAGCGAGCCAGAAAGGUUGCGGAGGUGGAGGGUGAGGAAUGAGAAGAAGCGUCUCGUACCGACCAUUGCGCUGGUAGGUGGGAGGGAGAGGGGUGUUGUGAGGACCGUCGAGUCGAAAGCGCAGGACAUCGACAGGGUUGGAAAUGUUAAGAGCAAGCUCUCCCCGAAUACUUCAUACACCCUAACACCUGCCGACCUUCUUGCCACGCACAUGACAAACCUCCACCGCAGGCGCGCCUCCCACCGCUCCCCCUCCGGCCUAGACUUCGUCAUGCGCUCCAUCCGCCUCGAUCCUGUCUCCCCACAAACCCAGUCACACUCUCCACCCUUGCGAAACUUCCAAUGGUUCCUCAGCCACCUGCACGGCGGACUUGGAGUAAUCACCAAACGAACCCGCCUUCUCUCCGCUCAGCUAUCCAGGUACCUCCGCGAUCCGACCAUACGAAUAUCCAGACGCGCUGCAGGAAUGCCAGCCCGCUCCUGCCUAACCAAAUCCGUACCAAGCUCACGAUUGCGACACAUCCUUGGUGUGAUCCAGGGCCGAGCGAAGCGGAUAAUCAAAAGGAACCAGAUGCUCUCCGCCCAAGUCUCUGCCUACCACCCACACACACCCGUGCCACUCGCCAAACACGCCGCCAGAAUUCUGCCGCGCUCCAAGAUAUCACGCAGACCGGUACAGCUCACCACUCCCACCAACCCUACUCAGCAUAGCGACUCUACUCCGCAAAACGCUGAGCGCCUCACCGCCCGGAAAGUCCUCCUUCCCGCGCGCCUGCGCCGCAUCGCCGCCCAGCCGCCGAGAGAGAAAAUGCGGUACGGCGACGGGCGGGCGUUUGCGGGAGCUCGGUGGAGCACGCUGAGACCGAGGGUAAGGAGGAAGGGUUUCAGAAACCAGAGGGAGCAUUUGCGGUCCCAUCUAGUUGGGGGCAGGGCUGAGGCUCGGAAGGUCACGGUUCGAAGCAGGGAGGAGCGGUUGGAGGAUGAUGUUGCGGAGUGGUUGGGCAGUAGGGGAAUGUAG